AUGCCGAUGGGAAUUCAUAACCCGCUGCCAUCUUCUUUGAGCAGCGAAUGUAAAAAGGCGAGCAAGAUUCUGACCUCCUUCGUGGACCCCAGACAAGCCUUUGGCCCCGACAAGGUCAUCCCACCAGAGAUUCUAGCUGGUGCCAAGGGUCUCGCGAUUCUCACAGUCCUCAAAGCCGGUUUCAUCGGCUCUGGUCGAUUUGGGUCCGGUAUUGUUGUCGCUCGUCUCGGCGAUGGCACCUGGUCCGCUCCAUCCGCUAUUGUCACUGCCGGUGCCGGUGUCGGUGGCCAGAUUGGUUUUGAGCUGACGGACUUUGUCUUCAUCUUGAACGAUGCGUCGGCGGUCCGCGCAUUCUCGCAAUUCGGAACACUUACGCUAGGUGGGAAUGUCUCUCUGGCGGCCGGUCCUGUUGGGCGUAAUGCCGAGGCCGCGGGCGCAGCCAGUACAAAGGGUGUCGCGGCGGUCUUCUCAUAUUCCAAGACCAAGGGUCUUUUCGCGGGUGUCAGUCUCGAGGGUAGCAUGCUUGUGGAGCGUAAGGAUGCCAAUGAGAAGAUGUAUCAAAGUCGCGUGAGCGCUGCGCAAUUGCUCAGCGGGAGUGUGCGACCACCCCCAUCCACGGACGCAUUGAUGCGAGUGCUCAACUCUCGGGCUUUCCAGGGUAACGCUCGCGGUGCUGGAGACUCCAUGUACAACGAUAUGCCGCUCUACGACGACCGUCAUGAUGAUGUGGUCUGGGAGGGUCGGAGAGGUGACGCUUAUGGCCAGGGAACACGCAGUAACCGCAGCCGCGCGAGUACAUUUGACGAUGCUGGUGGCUAUGAAUACCGCGACAAGCCCCGGCGUGCGAACACCUCAUGGAAUGACGACGUGUAUGACCGCCCAGUCGGGGGCAUGUCUCGUUCCGCGACCACCCGUGGGUUUUCGAAUGAGUCAAUUGGAGACUACGGGCGAAGUCGAAGCAACACGGCCCCCAUGAAUGAUGAUUACAGCUACUCAGACAGUCGCCCCUCCCGUCCCACGGCGCCCAAGCCCGUCUUUGGCCAAAGGCCGGGCCAGGGCGCUGCUCUUCGAUCCGAUCAAGCAGUGGCACUUUACACUUUCGAUGCUGAUCAAGAUGGCGACCUUGGGUUCAAGAAGGGUGAGAUUAUUACCAUCUUGAAGCGCACUGAUAAAGCGGAGGAUUGGUGGACGGGCCGGAUUGGUGAUCGCGUGGGCAUCUUCCCUAGUAACUACGUCGACGCCUCCUAG